GUGUGAUGAAAAUUGACCCCUCAUAAGUCUUGAUAUUUACGAAGAGGUAUAGUAAAGAACUUCCUAGAGAAUUUGUAUAUUUGUAUAUUUCACAAUAGAACACGCAACCAUCAAUCAAAACUUGGAUGUAUUAUUAAUAUUUUUGGUGCUCUUGUUGUGUGAGCAUUAAAUUGAGAGAUGAGGAAUAAGCUUAGGUAAACAAGCUUGAAUGGCUGGUAGAUUACCUGGUGUUGGGUUGUCACCAAGGAAAAAAUCAGAACAACAUCACAACAGACAUGAAAAUUAUUCUAACUAUAGAGACUCUUACCUAAGAAAAUCAUUGGAUUUGGAUGCACCAUGGACUUCAAUUACUACUACCUUAGAUGAAAAUGCUUUCAAAGCCAAACAAAGACUUGAGAAGAAACUUGGUUCCUUCUUUUCUUCUUCCAGGUCAUUUUCUAAUGACAGGUCAAGUGAACAAAAUCCUAGAAAAGAAGAAGAAAGUAGAAGCAGGAUUCAGAAGAAAGACACAGGAUUAGGUCGAAAAUUACUAGAGAGUGCAUGGUUAUUACGUGGAAAUAGGUUUAAGAAAGAGAGAAAUGUUUGUGCUGUGUGCCUAGAAGAUUUCCAUCAAAAUGAAGAGGUUAUGAAUCUCUCUUGCUCACAUAAGUAUCAUUCAGCAUGUCUUCUCCCUUGGCUUGAAAGACAUCCUCAUUGUCCUUAUUGUAGGACUGUUAUUGAGCCAAAGGAUUAAGCUUUUGUGAUUUUUUUUUGGAAAUUCACUUGUUGUUGAAUGUUGAGAUUAAUGAAAACAGAAACAGAGGACUGUGUUUCUUUC